AUGCUCCUCGUGCGGGCUACAAUCGAAGAAGUCAGCCAGACCGACGCGUCCGCUCUUGAGUACGCCUCAGGUUUUGUUAUCCUCGCAGCAAUCGUGGGAAUACUGGUGCUGGGCUACGCACUCGGCAUCCUGCGGAAUUAUUGGUGGGAUAGAGUCGCUGCGGGGAGUGACCACUACCCUAGCGAGGGGGGUUUCGGCUUUGCGCGCACGAUGUUGCCUCACUAUGGAGGCGCCUUACGCGAAUACUUCGGUAGCCGCAGAUCCCGUUCGGAGAACGGCGAAGACCGUGGCACACGGCUAGUCGACCUUGCACGCAGUGGUCCUGAGCCGCUUCCGGGGUCGGGGAUAGCGAGGCAAGACACGGCGCCGCCUCCUUAUAUCGCGCCGCCAGCUUACACGCCUCCUACUCGGCCGGCUCCUGCAAGGAUUGUGGAUGCCCGUAAUACGGAUGCCACCCAAGUGGUUGUCACAAUCAUCGAAUUCAACGGCCCUCCGUCAUACACACCACCUCAGUCACCAACACCAGCAUGA